AUGCGCCAAAUGCGCGCGCGGGCGCGGGCGCCGGCCAAGUCGGUGAGGAAUGUGCUACAAGAGGACUUCCAGCGCAAGGAGGGUUCGGCCGAAGAGCUGGUGGCGAGAUACCCGGAGUGCGAAGGGCUGGACGUGAUUUGGCAGGUGUCCCUUGGAGUCGGCGGGCUUGGCCCCACCUCAAAGCAGAGGAGCCUCUGUGCAUUGGCGGCCGCAGAGCUGACAAGGGGCAAGCCUGGGGCGCUGAAGCAGAGGGUUUCGCUUGGCCGCGGGGAGGUAUUGGCACUGGAGGGCGAUGAGGUGCUGGAAGCGUCUGAUGCGUCCGGCCCGGACCCGCAGGUGCUGUGCGCUUUGAGCAGCGGCCGGCACUGGCUGCGGUGGCUGGAGCUGAAGUCAGGGGAGGUGGAGGAGAUCCGGGAGGAGGGCGUGCUGGUCCUCUAUGCCGUGUCUGGGUGCGCCGCGGCCUACUUCCCUCGCCUGAAGAAGGUCGGCGGGAAGCUGUGCCUGUGCCCUGACUGCCGUGCCGACGGCGGGGGCGAUGGGUUCAAGGUCCGGGCUCAGGAUGCGCUGGUGAUGCAGCCGGCGCAGGGCAUCAGUUUGGUGGCGGUCGAGGAAGCAGCACUGGUGGCUGCAGUCUUCGAGCUCCGCAGCGCGCGUUUGCGACCCGCUGGUGUCGGCUGCUUGCUGAAGGCCCUCACUGUUAUCGUCGGCGUGGAGGGGAAGGAGGCGGAAGAGAAGGUUCUCUCCUGCCGCUUUCUGCUGAGUAUCUUCAUGCUAGACUCCCUGUCCUGGGCCACUGGAAAGAUCUUCCAGUACGAGGCGCUUUUGAUCGCAGAGGACAUCGGGUGGUGCUACUUGAUCACCUCUUUGGUCAUCACCACCGCAGAGAUCCUCGUGGAGUUCCUCGCCUCCGCGUGCACGCCGUGGCUCUGCCGCCGCCUGCUGCGGGUCGAGCCAUCGGCGCGGCCCUUGGCGCGGCUGGCGGCUUGGGCCUAUGCCUUCAGUAACCUUCUAGCUCUGCUGGUGUACCCGGUGCUGGGCGGCCUCAUCUUCGCCAACAUCACCGGGCCUGCAAUGGUCUUCGUGAUGGUGACCUUCCGGACCCUCCAGUACAGCUUCUGCAACCAGGUGGGAGACCAAGCGCUGGAGAUGAGUCGCCCCGAUUGGCUCCACACCUUCAAGAAGACCACGCUGCGCAUGCCCGGGCUGGGCCCUUGCUGUGUGCAGCGCCCGGCCUCACCAGAGGGCCUGGCCUACUUUGUGACCUUCCUUCGCUUCUCCGUGAUGUUGGCCCUAGGCGGCGCCUACGUGGCGGUCAAGGACAGCGAUGUUUUCCGGUGGGCGCUGGCGACCACGUGCUUGGUGGUCAACUUUGUGGUCUCUGCCAUGCUGCUCUGGAACUUGCCGGCGCUCUCGGCCGGCAUUGGCGAUUCGAGCGAGACGGGGAUUGCUGCGGAGUCAGAGGCCUUGCCCAAGGCGGGCGCAGCGGCGGGCGGCGCAAGCGGCUUCCGUGGCUUGUGCCAACUGGGCGCCGCAGAGCGGGGCUACCUGGCCUUUGUGGUGGUGACCUAUGGGGUGCCCCCGCAAGCGCUAGACGCUUUGCAGAGUGUCUUGCUGCUGGAGCUGCCGCUGAUCUUCCAAG